GAUCAUUUCUCUGGACGGUAGAUGCGGCACUUAGUGACCCGGUCAUUGGGACUGUCAUACGCUCCGUAGAACCACCAUUAUCAGUGGAUGAUAUACUAGCAGUUAUUUUCUUUAAUGACGAAGAACUCGAAAUCUGUGCUGGCUCUUCGCUUUAUCACCUGACCCAAAAGUUGAAAUUGCAAAUUAGAGAUGAUUACCUUAAACUCCUCAACAAUUUGAUCACAAAACACCCAGAUCUAUUCCCUUUAGAAAGAUUUACACAAGAUGAUGUGAUUCCAAAUAACAGACUCCUACGUCUCUACGGUUUCAUCCUUCCCAACAAUCCCCAUGAUUCUUAUGACCUUGUUCUUACUACACACCCCCAAGCACCCUUAUAUUCUCAAAAAGUAGCCUUAUUCGAAUCAAUCGGUUUACAAGUCAACUCCACUUUCCCCCUCAAACUCAGUGAUCCACUACCAUUGAAUGUGCUUCAAUAUCUACGAAUACAGAGAUUAUCGCCUUCGGAAAUCUCCACACUGGCAGUAAGUCGCGGAACUAAAGAUAGAAUUAGUGCUCGUAAUGAAGCUGAGAUUUUAAAAGCUUUAGACGAAGCAUGUGAGAACCUAUUGGCUGGAUUUAGCGUCUCUCUUGAAGAGCUUGAAGCAAAAAUUGCUUCUGGCACAUAUCAAAAAGGAAGCAACGCAUGGGCAGCAGCGCAUGUUAGUAUUGGUGAGCAAAAGAUUUUAAUGGCGACAUUACAGAAAGCAAAAGAACUGCUUGCUUUGGUUGUUUGUGCGAAUUGUGGAAAGGCAAAUGAGAAUAAUAAGCGUUGUGGAAGGUGUCGAAAGGUAGUUUAUUGUGGAAUAGAUUGUCAAAAAAGCCACUAUAAGGAACACAAGGUUUUGUGCAAAACCGCUGGCGAAUAA